AUGAGUGCGGCUAUCGAGAGCUUCGAUAACCCGGCGAUUCUCUCUUCGUUGGUAAUCAACGCACCAAUUUAUAUCGAUUGUCGAACGUCCGUGUGCCCGGAGAAACCAAUCGGGAAAGAUGUCUUGAGCGCUUUAUUAAAAGAAAGGAAUAAUAAUGAUGGUUCCACAGGAGGAGGAGGAGAAACCGAUGAAACAUCUUCGCAGCAACAACAAAACGGGGCCGACGAUUCAUUCGAAGAAGGUGGUGGAGAAAAAGGAUUGGUUUUCUUGCGAGGUACGGUUGUAAAGAACGAUCAACAAGGGGAGUGCAUGGAUGUAAACGCGUUCGUUUCCGACGGCGAAACGACUUUGCUAAAAGGCGUGUCGUAUAAGAGAAUUUUCGCAGGUAAUCCAGCCAACUUGAUUGAGUCGCUUUCGGACGUCGCGAGAUUGACCAACUUGAAUCCACCAUCGAUCGUUCAUUUCUUAGAGGACCGGUUCAUGAGAAACACCAAGAAAAGUAAGAAUUCGUCGUUGAGAGAAAUCUACUCUAAGGCUGGACCUAUUCUUAUCGCGUUGAAUCCGUGCGAGCCGUUGCCGAGUAAAUACGACCGGGAAGUGAUGAACUUUUACUCGCCGAGGAACGCGGCGAGCGGAGUGAAAGCGACGGCAUCCUCGACGACGACUGGCGCGGAAGGGGAUGUAACUUCGUCUUCAUCUGUAAAGGAUCUACCUCCACAUUGUUUCCAAGUCGCCUCGAACGCGUUCGAACAGAUGAUGGAGAAUCAAUUGGAUCAAGCGAUUGUGAUUUCGGGAGAAUCCGGGUCUGGGAAAACGGAAACGACCAAGUUUAUCAUGAAGUUUUUAGCCGCAACGACAUCUCACGAUAGUAGCAGCAACGGCGAAGAGAAGCACAACAUCGAUAUGUUUAACGCAGUUUCGAGAGAUUUGUUAAUGACAAAUCCGAUUUUAGAGGCGUUUGGGAACGCAAAAACGGCGAGAAACUUGAACUCUUCGCGAUUUGGUAAAUUGAUCGACAUCAAGUUUGAUAAAAAGUCCAACGGAAAGUUAGCGCAGGCGAUGAUCGAGACGUAUCUCUUGGAAAAGUCUCGAGUCGUGCACCACUCGAAAAGAGAACGAUCGUUCCACGUGUUUUACCAACUCUUAGCCGGCGCGUCUAAGGAAGAGAAGAAAAAGUGGUUCUUGGACGACGCGAAAGAGGGAUUCAACUAUUUAGGCGGAUUCGGCGUUCAAAGCAAAAAGAGCGUGGAAAUCGACGACGAGAACAAGCACAAGGAGACGAAGGAGGCGUUGAAGGCGAUUGGUAUCGCGGAUAAAACCAUCGACGACAUUUAUCAAACGCUCGCGUCGGUGUUACAUCUCGGGAACAUCGAGUUUGACACAUUGAAUGAAUCUGGUCACGACGCCGCUGUUGUAAAGACAAAAGACGCUUUGAAAUACACGAGUGAAUUGUUAGGGGUGGAUUCUGCGGCGUUAGAGCGUUCAUUGAUUAAGCGUGUUAUUUCUGCUGGUGGAGAGAAGAUUGAAACGGAUUUGACAUUGACGCAAGCGAAUGACGCGCGCGACGCGUUGGCGAAGGCCAUGUUCGAAGCGUUGUUCGAGUAUUUGGUUAGCAAAAUAAACGAAUCCUUCGCGCGCGACGGUGCCGUGCAAAGAGACGACGAAGAUUUGGUUUCUUUGAAUAUUUUGGAUAUUUACGGCUUUGAGAGCUUCCAACACAACACGUUUGAACAGUUGUGCAUCAACUAUGCCAACGAAUCCAUGCAGAAGAUGUUCAACCAUCACUUAUUCGUAGUGGAACAGAAAGAUUACGAGACAGAGAACAUCGAAUGGUCGAGAAUCGAAUUCGUCGAUAACUCUUCUACGCUCGAAGUGAUUGAAAACAAACCCAUGGGUUUGUUUGCACUUUUAGAUGAUCAGGCCAGUUUCCCAGGCGCGACGGAUGAAACGUACCACGCGAAAAUCGUCAGCGAGCUCUCCAAUAUGGAAAAGUUUUCGUGCAUGAGAAAGAAAGGAACAUCGGAGACUUCGUUUGAUAUCGUUCACUACGCCGGGAGCGUCACGUACGAGUGCGCAGGGUUCCUCGAAAAGAACAGAGACGCGUUACCAUUAGAUUUGGCGACGGCUUUGUAUACAGAUAACACUUUCGAGUUUAUGAAGACAAACAUCGGUGAAGCGUUGCACAACCGCGCGAUGGAAACAAUGGUAACGAAAGCCUCAAAAUCAGCGAAAAUGAAAUCAACCGUUUGCACAAAAUUUCGCAACCAGUUGAGUGGAUUACUUCAAAAGCUGAAUUCGUGCGAGCCGCACUUCAUUCGAUGCGUAAAGCCAAACGCUUCCCUCGUUCCAACCGAAACCGAUCAAAAACUCAUUUUGCACCAGUGCGCUUGCGCUGGUAUUUUGGAGGCGACUCGCAUCGCUCAAGCUGGGUACCCGACGCGUUCGCUCUACGAAGAUUUUGCGCACAGGUUCGGUUUCUUGGUCGGUAAAGAUGUUAUUGAAUCCUCCGGAGUAGACAGUAAAACUGUCACGAAGAUGAUUUUGGAGCAUUUCUCCGUUGACGCCGAAGAGCACGUCAAGUUUGGCACCACAAAAAUUUUCUUCAAGCAAGGCGUCUUAGGCGCCUUGGAAGAUGCACGAUCGAACGCGAUUUACUAUUCAAAGAUUAUCCAGGCCUCGUAUAAAGGUUUCAAGCAACGCAAAGAGUACCAACGCAUCCGUUCCGCGACGAUUAUCGCGCAAGCGAGCUGGAAAGGCACAAAACAGCGAAAGGAGUUCAUCACUUUAAGAGAUCGAAACAGAGCAGCGCUUAAGAUUCAAAUGGCAGCGAAAAAGAAAGCAUUCAAUGCGCGAGUCCAAUUGCGUGUCGCCGAGCGCGAGCGACGCGAACUCGAGAUGCGUCUGGAGGAAGAAAAGAGAGAAAAAGAGGAGAAAGAACGUCUUCGAAAGGAAGCGGAGGCAGAAGCUGCCGCGGCGGCGCGCAAGAGAGAAGAGGAAGAAGCAAAAGUAAAAGCAGAGACCGAUGCUGCUACCGCCGCUCUCAAACGCAACAACUCUCCCGAAUCCACUCUAGAUCGCGAAAAUUCGUCCGCGGCGUCGUUAUCCGAGGACGUAGACGCGUUGAACAAUCCGUUCGUCAAGGCUCUUAAAGCCGAAAACGAAGCGUUGCGAGCAUCUGUGGAGGCCGAAAGGGAAGAAAAGAUGGCGCUCGAGAGGCAAAUAGAGGAGUUACGAGAGCAAAUUACCGCUGCGGACGAUGCGCUAGUUGCUGCUAUGAUGCAAAAUGAACAAAAUCAACAGAGUUCGCCGUCCGCUUCGACGCCGACUGGCAAACAAGAACCUUCGCGUUUGGAAAAGCCUUCCGCGCAUGCGAACAAAGUCCCAUCUGGUCAAGCCUCGAGAGUCAUUCAAUUUGUGGACGGUAUGAAAGGAGAGUUUAACUCAAUGACGCGCGUCUUGGACGAUGACGUUGAAUUCAUCAGGGAAGUUGCGGCGGGUGAAAUCAGCGGGGUCGACGGCAUGGACGUGCAGAAAGAGUUCAAGGUUUUGCAAUCUCGCUUCGAACAUUGGAAACAUGAUUACAAAGAGCGUCUGAAAUUCGGCGAGCGCUUCUUAAAGAAAGAAUCGAUGGAUAAGGGCACACCAGAGCUUACUAAGAAGAAAAGUUUCUUCGGCGGUAAGAAGUAA